UAUAGUGUCGAUAGUCGAAUACAACUCGUACCGCCAACCGAUUUCGGUCUGCUGUUGCAGUCACUAGCAGUCACUGUUGAUCCACUUGGUAAGUUGGGUAAGCCGAAAUCACACCGAGUUUACUCACUGAAGACGACUUACCAAAACAAUUUUAAUACAACUCAUAACUUAAUAAUAAUAAUAAUAAUAAAUCAAACUCUAAUUAUAAUCAAUAAGCAAUAUCGGUAUUAAGGUGAAAGAAUAUAACAGAAAAAAAAUACUGAUCAAAAUAAAUUGAUAGUAUUAAGUUGUAAAAAAUAUAAUAAAAAUAAUAGUUGUGAUUUUAAUUUUAAGUAUCAUCAUUUCGUCUUCUUAUUAAAAUGUUUGAGUGGAAAAUGCUAUGUAAAAAAAUUCAUAAUAAUAAUAAUAACAAUAAUAAUAAUAAAAAUAUUAGUACAAUGAAACCAAAAAUAUUAUUUGUAUAAUAAAUUAAUCAAAGGAUUAAUUAUCAUGGAUAUAAGAUCAUUUUAAAGUACAUGUAUAUUUAUCAUCGAUGAAAAAAAAAAUCAACGUAUGGUCUUAACAAUUAAGCUAAUAAUCAAAUGCAUUGCAGUAUUGAAAUGUUGUUAUUAUAAUUAAAAUAAUAAUAAUUUUUUAAAAAAAUAAAUUGUGCAGAAAGGUGAAAUGUGUAAAGGCACUGGUAGUAAUCUAUUAGUUGUUUGUCUGGUGGGAAUUUUAUUUAUAACAAAAGCAAAAAUAACAGAACAAGUAGAAAAAAUAAAUUCUUCAGCAGGUCCAAAAAUAGGUGAUGCAGUAAAUAUAUUUAGUCGUUAUGGUUAUUUAAGUAUAAGUAUGAGGGUUGUACCAAGAAAUGAUUCCGAUACGUGGAUCUUUCGUGAGCCCACAGUUGAUGUUUUUAAUAAAGUUUUAUCGGCUCCACCGGAAAUAAAAAGUAAAACAACGGUUUUUGAUGGAGAUUUUCAUAUGGAAUUUUGUGAUAAUGUACGACAAUUACUUCAAGCUUAUUUUAGAGAUUUUACAUUUGAGAGAAUGGAAAAACCUUGGCGUGCCUUUACUGGAAGCUGGUCUGUUGCAACUAUCGCAAGACAUCUUGGUAUAAAUGCAUCAUUUAUAACUCAAGAUCAUUGUUAUGUUCUCGUUAGAGUCGCUAGAUAUCGAGAAAAUAAAAAACUAGCUGGUACACCAGAUAGUAGUUUAGUUAUUGAUCAAAGUGUUACUACAGAAGCCGAAAAUAUAACUGUUGGUGACACAGCCAGUACUAUAAGAUUUAUAAGAAAUUUUGGUUCACACUAUAUAGCUUCCUUUGUUACUGGAAAUUCAUUGUAUCAAGUUUUUGUUUAUACACCACAAGUAUAUCAACGGAUUAAAGAACGUCUUAAAACACGGGGCGUUGCUGAAUUAUCAAGUGUCGAGCUUAGUAAUUUUUUUUCUCCAUGGUAUGCUGAACAUAUGGGAACUAUUCAAUCAGCAAGUGGUAAUCACUCAGUAGAAGCAUGGGCUGUUGAAAAUUUACGUGUUCAAUAUUAUUUUUUUACUUAUCCAACUCUUUUAAAACUUCAUGGUGAUGCUGGAUUAUUAUAUCAACUUGAUGAUUUACUUAGAAACGAAGCACUUCUUCAGUUACACUUGAGGACACUUGCGCCACUUUUUAAAGAUACACUACAACGUGACUGGUUUUUAGAAGUUAUUGACAAUUAUUUUAAGCUAUGGGAAGUUAAUAUGUAGUAGUGUAUGAUAUAAUACAGUCAACAUCAUCAUUCUGUGAUACUCAAUUCUGAUCAAUCAGUAGUAAAUAUUGAUCUAAUUUUUUUUUUUUUAUCUGUACCUAUAAUCACGUGCAAGUGUAUCGAAUAUAUAAUAAUAAUAAUAAUAAUAAUACACAUACUCCAAUGUAUAAAAAAUUAUAUA